AUGUUGGAUGAGACCCUUGCAAACUUCCUCAUUGGUGAGGGAAAGCUUGAGUCCUACCUGGAAGAGAACCCUCCAACCGAGGCCAAUGUGCACAGGGCGAAAACAGGCCUCUCUGAUGCCCGCAGAUAUUUACUCAUGUGUAUCGGGGAGCCGGCAAAGAAGCUGGAGGUGUCCUUGGAUGCCCUGCUCUUGCUGGCUAAGCUGGAGUAUGCCAUGGGGGACUACGAGGGGGCUCUCAACCGCCUCACUGCGGCUGGACUGGACCAGCUCACCGAGAAGGCCCUCCCGACAAGAUCUCUGCGCAUCGUGGCUGAGUCUUAUGCCAUAAAGGGACUAUGCUCGGCGCCUCAACCCAGAAAAAGUUUAGGCUUGGAAAAGGCCCCCCUGCCUAAUAACAGCAAGUUCCAGCGCGCCGAGAAAGUCGAGAAGAUGAUCCGCUGUUUCGAACUGGCCGGAGACCUCACGCUCCUCUACCUCCAGGAGCAGGACAAGCUGACGUCGACACCCUCUACCCACUCCCUGUACUCAGUUCCUUCGGUCUCCACGACAAAUACCACAGGUUCAACUUCUCCACUGCCUCCAAAUGGACUGGAGAGCAAGAAAAUUGGAGUUAUUUUGGAGACUGCUUUACAAAGAGCUCCUAUUCUGCACAUGAAGGCUGGCCAACUGGACAAAGCUAUUAGCAGAUACAGGAGUAUGCUCUCAGCAGUGGAGUCCACAGCCACCCAGCAUCUUCGGUUAACUCUUGCUAGACAGCUUGCUGAAGUCUUAUUAAGGGGCUGCUCCGAGCAUGCUUAUAAGGCACCUAAUCAGGGUAUGCGAAAGUUAGACGAAAGGAGUCGCAGCAGUUCAAGUCUCAAGUCAGGAGAGAGUCCUUGGAAGCCCCAGAAGUACACUGGUACCAACCUUUUCGUACCAAAGAACAUUAAUGAAGAGAUCAUCCUACUUCUGCUUAUUAGUGAGGCCAUGGCAGUCAGAGAAGCUGUCCUGAGCCAGUCACCGGAAUUCAAGAACGCCAGAGUCCAUGCCUAUGACAAUGCAACGGCAGUGUAUGACCUUCUCUGCAUCUCCCUGGCAAGAAGAAAGCAGCAUCAGAUUUUGGUUGAGGUGUUCGAGCGAGCAAUGAAGUUCUCAUACGAGGCAAGCCACGUCUGGCAGCAAUUUGCCUUGGCCUUAGCAUGUGGCAGGAAGUAUGCCAGGGCGCUCCUCGUAUUGCAGGAAGUCCAUCGACUUAUGCCAUCUGAGCCUCACUAUUGUCUGAUGGCAGCCAAGAUCUGCUUCCAGCAACUUGGCAAGAUUGAAGAAGGCUUAGAAUGGGUGGACAAGGCCCUAAGGUCGGCCGAGGAGAGAGCCAGUGUUCUCACUGCCAGAUGCUAUUUGUAUCAUGGCCUUGGACUCACCCUGGAGGCUCAUCACAAGCAACGCCACGCUGAUUCCCAGGCACUACGAGCAAAGGCCUUGGAGUCUUUUGUAAGAGCUCAGCAACUUGACUCGAGUGAUCAUCUGGUUGAGUUCUACCUUGCCUUGCAUUAUGCCCAGAGUCGUCAUCUGGUCGAGGCAACCCACCAUGUCAAGUUGGCUCUUUACCUGCGAUCAGAACACCCACAUUCCCUUCACUUGCUGAUCCUUCUGCUCUCUGCUCAGAAGGAAUAUGAGGAAGCUCUUGAACUUGUGGAAGCUGCAUUAGCUGAAUACCCAGAAAACUUGCACCUUCUCUAUGUGAGAGCAAGCCUGGAGGAAGCAGUUCAUGGAGGUGAGGUGGCCCUCCUGACAGCACGCCACAUGCUGAGCUUAUGGCAAACGCUCUACAAGGACCAGCUGAUGGGCGACAUUAGUGAUGUCCAGUCCCAGAUGCACACCAAUCACGAUACUUACAGUAUCUUCAACAUGUCUGAUAAGGAUGGUGCAUCUGUACAUGCGGAGAGCGUUGCUGCUUCGCGUGUGGAACAGGCGUUGUCAGAGGUUGCAUCUUCCCUCUCGUCGUACCAACCAAAACCAGGACCUCAGCAAGCUUGGCUCCUUCAGAUUCAGAUCUGGUUACUUACGGCUCAGCUGUAUCUCAAGACUGAUCAGAUAAAUGAGGCAGCUCAGUGCUUGCAGGAAGCUUCUUCCAUCUUCCCUAUGAGUCAUCAUAUACUGUUCAUGAAAGGGUUGCUGCAUGAGAAGAAGAAUGAGUUUUAUGAAGCCCAGACAUGUUAUCAGAAUGCACUGGCCAUUAAUCCCUAUCACUUGAAGAGCCUCCGGCAUUUGGUAAGUACUGGAUAGAAAAAUAAUGUAUAAACAUUUACA